GCAAAAGAGUAAAUGCUAAGUGCUAUCCAGUUUUGACUCUUUAAAAGAUAAUAGCUCUUUUACCCUCUCUUUCAUCAUCUUAAGUCAGCUAGUAUUUACAACACACCUUUGGUCUCUUCUUCAAUUAUUUUUAUAUAUAUAUAUAGACAAGGACCCCUCCUUCUAUUUAGACCCUUGUCUUAACAUUUCUUCAUAGGUGUAGUAGUUUCACUUGUGUCCUAUGAACAUAUCUAGAUAAGAAAAAAAAAUCAAGAAAAUCAAGUCCCCUUUUUUUUUUUUUUGGUUGUUGAAAUCAUAGAAGAAUUGUUUGUUUGAUAUUGGAAAUGGGAAGGCCACCUUGUUGUGAAAAAACUGGGGUGAAAAAAGGACCAUGGACACCAGAAGAAGAUAUCAUUUUGGUUUCAUAUAUCCAAGAACAUGGUCCUGGUAACUGGAGAAAUAUUCCAACUAAUACUGGUUUGCUAAGAUGCAGCAAAAGUUGUAGACUCCGAUGGACUAAUUAUCUGAGGCCAGGGAUCAAACGUGGAAACUUUACUGAACAUGAAGAGAAAAUGAUUAUCCACCUUCAAGCUCUUCUUGGCAAUAGAUGGGCAGCCAUAGCUUCAUACCUUCCACAAAGAACCGACAAUGAUAUCAAGAAUUACUGGAACACUCAUUUGAAAAAGAAGCUGAAUAAGAAGGUUGAAAGCCAUGGUAAUGAUGCUCAUGAUCAUGAAAACAAUCAUCAAGAGGGAGCAUCAACAUCAUCAUCAUCAUCUCAAUCAAGAAUCUCAAAAGGUCAAUGGGAAAGGAGGCUUCAAACAGACAUUCACACUGCUAAACAAGCUCUUUGUGAGGCUUUAUCACUUGACACCUCUCCAAAUAAAACUAUUCCCAUUAAUCCUGAAGAACAACAACAACAACAACCAGCAGUUCAAGCAUCUAUGACCUAUGCAUCAAGUGCUGAAAACAUUGCUAAGCUGCUUCAAAAUUGGAUGAAAAAUUCACCCAAUUCCACCUCUUCAAGUAGCUCGAAAAUCACUCAACAAAUGUCCUUGAAUAACAAUUUAUCAGUCGGUGCGCUUUCGAGUUCUAGCCCUAGUGAAGGGACCGUAAACGUUGCACCCCCACAAGGUUUGGACUCGCUCUUUAGCUUCAAUUCAUCUAAUAAUUCGGAUGUAUCGCAGUCCGUGUCGAUCGAUGAGGGUGGUAAUUUGAUCAGUACACCUGAGAAUAACAAUGCUGGGAUUUUCCAAGUUGAAAGCAAGCCAAUUUUGCCUGAUUUCAAGCCAGAAAGUGGGAUUCAUCAAGAGGAGAGCAAGCAAAAUUUGGAGACACAAGUGCCUUUGACUUUGUUGGAGAAGUGGUUGCUUGAUGAUGCUAAUGCACAAGCUGAACAAGAAGAUCAGUUAAUGGGAAUUGGGAUGGGAAUGGCCAUGAGUGAAACUGCUGAUUUGUUUUGAAGAAAAAAAGAAAAAAGAAAGAUAGUUACUAGUACAGGAGUACUCCCUUCGUUUCAAUUUAUCUGUCUUAAUUUGAUUGAGCAUGAAGUUCAAGAAAAAUAAGGAAGACACGUAAAUUGAAACGGAGGGAGGAGUAAAUAUUUCUUCAAAACAACUUACUAGCAGUUUCAGGUUGAGCUUUUGGGUAUUUGAAUUAGUUGUUAUUACUACUUUUUAGGGAUUUGGACUCCAUAGGUUUUAUUUACUUUAUUAUAUAGCCUGAGCAGAUCUAAAAACUCUGAUAUUUGCAAGAACAUAUAAAGUGUAUAUUCCAUGUAAACUUUAAACUUGCGUAUGUAUUAAGUAGUUAGGAAUAAUGAACUCUCACCCAGUACGUACUCUAUUUAAGAGCUUCAAUUGUUUGUAUUUAAUUUUGGGUUCAUUUUUUGUGUAAUUUUGAAGCUACCUAACUUCUAUGUAUAUGAAAUCCUCAGUUACAAAUAGUAAUUAAUUGGGGUCAUGAGCUAUAUGAAAUUCUCGUUGUUCAUCA